AUGGAAGACGAUGAAUCAAUCGUGUUUUUGAUUUUACGCGACGAUUCAAGAGUGGUUUCUUCAACCACGUCAUUCUCGCGGGGGAAAUUCCACACGCGGAUUGAGGAGAUUGAUUCCAAGCGAGCCCGGGUGAAUUCGCGCGUACCCGCCGCCGUCGUGCCUGUCUCCCGUACCUCGGAAUCGUCUCAGCCAAACAUUAGUCUGGCGCCUAAAAAGAGCAACUCCGCGGUGCCCAAAGCCUCUGUGGCCCGUGUGAGCACCAUUAUCAGGGAGGUCAACAAGAUCCGCCCCAAGAAGGGGUCCCAAUAUAACCGCCCAAAGGACACCGAUCGGGAGUUCUGGAGCCAGAGACUGAGCCCAAGAGAAUACGCCUAUCUUCUCGAGCGUGUUCACAAGAACCAAGAGCUAGGACAUUAUUUCAAUCACGAGCUCCGGUACGAGUAUUCGACUUCAAAGAACCAAUUCACGAUCCUUAUGAGUGUGACCGCGUUACAUGGCACAUUCGUUGACAAAUUCAAGGCCCUUCUUACCAGGAUUGGAGUUUAUAUAGAACAUGGGCUUCAAGGUGAGGAAUUGGCAGAGAGGGCACGGGAACUCAUCAAUUUGUCUAAUGGCAACAUUCGCACUGUUGUUACCGUGAAUCUGCAUGACAUAUACAAGGAAUCCGAUGAAGGGAAGACAUUGGAGGAAAAUUCAGAAGGCCCAGCUGCGGCGACAGUGUCUGUGUGGAGGGCUCGCCUCAAGGAUGUUGACGGGCGGAAGGUAUUGACGCCCGAGUGCGACUACGACGAGGCUUUCCGGGACUCAGGUGGGAACGUUGUGGACUCAUUCAAAUUAUGUCUCUUUCUGAGCGAUUUUAUCUGCGAAGAUCAUGUAAUUCGUCAUCCUGGAUGCGAACAAGUUCAAAUCCAACUCACGGCCAGGCAUCUUUGCGAUGUAUACGACGUCGCUGUCGAGCAACACGUUUUAGAGCGUGGGGCGAAAUCUACCCCCGUGGGAGUCACGCACGAGGAGGAUGUCCAUGCUGAGGCUUCGAGCGAGGAAGAUGUCCAUGUUGAGGCUUCACGUCAGGAGGAAGCUCCUGCUGAGGCUGCGCGAGAGGAGAAUCCUCCUGUCGUUGUCCCGCAACCAGAGACCAGGAGUCCGGCUCGGAGGGCAAUUCAGGGAGUCGCUCAGAUACUUCGACGUUCAGAGAGACAUGUCAAAAAGGCUGCACCCCAAGGAACUGCGCAGAAUAUUUAA